UUUUCACCACUUUAUUUUCACAACUUAUAAUUGCUAUUUUGAGAAGAAGAAAAUAUGGGUUUGAAAGGAAAGUUAACUGUUGCAAUGGAGGCGAAGUGUGGAGGACACUCGAUCCAUGAUAUAAUGCACACCAAUACGCAUCGUAUACCAACUAUUAGUCCUGCAGGUAUCAACCGAUUUGAGAUUCAUGAAGGUGAAACCAUAAAGAUUGGUUCAGUUGUAAGCUGGCAUUAUAAUGAUGAUGGACAGAAAAAGAUUAUGAAGCAAAUUAUUGAAGCCAUCGAUCCACAUAAGAAAUCAAGUUGUUGGAAAGUUAUUGAAGGAGACGUGUUGGAGAUGUAUAGUUCUUUUACGUAUUUAAUAUCUUUUGAACCCCAGUGGUCAAUAUGGACAAUUGAGUACGAAAAAAAAACAGAAGACACCCCCGAGCCCCUGAUUGAAUUGGGUAUUUCUAUUGACAUGAUUAAGGAUAUAGAGAGUCACCUUUUCAAAAAUUAGGGAUAUAUAUAAAGUUUGUUGUGUGUGUGUCUUUACACAUACAUAAUCUAUGUGUGUUUGUGUCUGUAUGAUGAAUAAUUGGCAAGUUUUAGCCAUUCGUGUAAAAUAAAUAUUAUUGUAUGUGUUUGAAUAACAUAUUUUAUAUGUUAAUCCAUAUCUAUGGAUAUGUUGUAUGUGUAAGAUAUUACGUACUUAGUUAAAAUAAUU